AUGUCGGGUAUGGCGAUUUCAUGGAAUGCUUUGAAAAUUUUCAAUUCGGAUGUAAAGUCCAAUGAUAAAUGUAUGCCUUUUUUAAAAAAAACUAUAGAUGAACCCAAGUUUAGUAAAUUUGAUAAACAAACACGUUCAAUGGGGAAUGGUAUAUCUGGCAAGGUAGAGAUCUAUAAAUCUAAAAAAAUUGCCAAUUUCAAUUAUGCGGUGAAAACAUACCAUGCUAAAGAAGACUUUGAUUCAAAAGCUGAAUAUCGAGAAAAGGUAUUACAUGAAUACAGAAUUCUAUCAAGUUUACAUAAUGAUUAUAUUAUAAGAGUAUUUAAGUUCGAAGUGUCAAUCCCUGGUACUACAAUUAAAUUAUAUUUGGAGGCUGGUUCAGAUUUUAGCUCAUUAAUACCACAGUUAUCAAAGGUUGAGUUAUUCAGUUAUUGGAAACAAUUAUGUUUUGGAGUGUUAUACUUGCAUUCAUUAGAUAUAUGUCAUCGAGAUUUGAAAAUAGAGAAUUUAGUGCUUGUUAACAAUACACUCAAAAUUAUUGACUUUGUAACAGCUCAUAAAGUAAUUGGAGAUUCCAUUGGCUUAGUUGGUAGUCCUAAAUAUGCGGCUCCUGAAACAUUCAAGUAUUUAAAUUAUGAUGGUAAAGCUGCUGAUGUAUGGUCUAUUGGAAUAUUAUUUUACUAUUUUGCAACUUUGCAAUUUCCUUGGAAAAUGGCCAAAUUAGAAGAUAAUAGAUUUAAACUGUAUAUUGAUGGUAAACUGAUACUAGACAUACUACCGAAUGAAGUAAUCGACUUCAUAAGUGGAGUUUUAGAAGUCAACCCGAAAAAACGAGUCAAAAUUUCUGACUUCUUUUUCAACCCAUGGUUUGAUUCAAUAACAAUAAAUUAA